AUGGAUCAACUUCAGAGUCGGGUCGAGAAGGCAGACCUGCAGGAUUUGAUUGACAUAUGCGAGCAACUUUCCGAGGAGUGUAGGGGUAUCUCUAAUUGUCUCAAUACCAGCCCAGUUACGUUGGCUUCGCUCGCCAAGGAGUGUCGCGCGAUCACAAAUGCGCUUGACAGGUUACACGAACUCAGCCGGUCGAUUGAAGGUGGCACAGAAAGUGUUCGGGCAUCAAACAACGAAUUCGUCUAUUCCGUUUCCAAGGAUGUGCAUGAGCUGAGGGCAGCACUGAAACGCAUAAAAGGUCCAGAUAGGGACAGCGGCAUUCACCUCAGCGAACCGCAGCUUAUCAUCGUCUGGAACGAAGCAGCAUUGAAAGAGUACCUUGCGCGGCUGCGCACUCACCAAGCGUCUCUCCAUACCCUCCUCAAUGCUGCGACACGUGCCGGUUAUAACUUCGGGGAAAAUGACAACAGGAGGCGUGUGAUUGAGCCAGAUAUUGGAGUAGAUGAGGCACUACGGAGCCUUGCUCGAAAGUUCACAGCGCCAAACCAACAAUCUGUCGUGUUACCUAGAGUCAGCGACUCUGCCGAGAUUCAAGUCCUACUUGAUACCCUUGUACCACCACCUGGAGUCAAUUACGUGCGAACCAAAGAUGCCGCAAAUGAACUGCACAACGCCAUUGAACGGAGCGAUGAGACGGCUGUCUUUCACAUCCUUCUCGAACGCGCAGACCCCAACAUAAUGUUGGCUGGUUCAAUGCUCUCCCCGCUGCAUCGUGCUUUCGACAAAGGCCAUAUGCUAAUCGCUGCUUUUCUCAUUGUCGCUGGCGCAGAUGUUGACGAGCCAACUACUGAUGGUCAUACAGCAUUGAUGAGAGGGAUCAGGUGCGGAUUUUCGGAACAAUUUGCGACUCUUGUGAUUCACAUGAAAGCUCGCGUCAAUGCGAUCGAUAAUGAUGGGUGCUCAGCCCUACACCUCUCGGCUGCUUCAGAUGUCGUCGACGAUGAAACGCUCCCAGUUCUCAUCGAUGCAGGCGCCGAUGUCAACCUUGUCGACUAUAAUGGCCAGACACCACUUCUCGUGGCAAUUCAGCAUAGCCGCUGGUCCGCGGCAACAAAGCUCGUACAAGCUGGUGCAGAUCUAGAGGUGCGGUUACCAGAUGGGAAGACAGCACUCCACAUGGCUAUCGCAAUGCGCAACCAAGAGUUCUCCCAGGUGUUGAUAUCUCGAGGAGCAAACGUUGAUCGCGUACUCCGCGAGCACACUCCCCUCACAAUGGCCAUCAACUCUCGCUGCACAGCUAUCACCGCUGUUCUUCUAGAUAGCGGUGCAGACCCAAAUCUGCCUAGCCGCAACGGAAACACACCUUUACUGGCAGCAGCAUCCACAGGACAUGACGAAACUGUGCGAUAUCUCAUCGCCCAUGGAGCCGAUCCAGCAGCCACUCAAGGACACUCUGGAUAUUCAGCGAUGCAUAUGGCGGCCCACAAGGACAAACCUCACAUCCUGCAGCUGUUGUUUGAUGCAGGCGCACCCGUUGAUAUCUUGGAUAAGACAGGCGAAACUCCUCUCCUCGUGGCAGCCAAGCUUGGCAAUGCGCAAAGCAUCUUUCGCUUGAUCAGACUCGGUGCUGAUGUGGAGCGAGUUGGGCCGGACGGGAUGAGCAUUCUUUCUCACGCAGUCAAGAUGGGCGAUGUUGACCUUGUCACGGCACUCCUAGAGCUGGGGGCGGGUAUGCAGGUGUCAUCCAUGUUCCCUUCGAAGGGUAGUAAAGAAUAUCUGGUACCUGAGCCACAGACGACACCGAUUCACGUCGCCGCUCAGCACGCACGAGACGAGAUCAUACUGCGGCUUGUGUCCUAUGGCGCCUCCCUCGAGAGCACCAUCUUCCCUGGCCGGACACCUCUCUCCGUUGCUGCAUCUCAUGGGCACAUCUCGACAGUCAGGUUGCUUCUUCGACUCGGUGCAAAUACGCACGCUUUAACAACACAUGGUGAUACGAUUCUUUUCCAGGCAUCGGCAAACCAAGCAACCCUCAAGCUCUUGCUACAGCAGGGAAUUGACGUGAACCAUCAGAACGAUCGGGGCGCUACAGCCCUUCACUACGCGGCUCUUCGCGGGCACAUCGGGGGUGUGAGGAUGUUGCUUGAGAAGGGUGCUCGACAGUACCACGCAAACGCGGUGUGGGAUGCCUGGGAGGACAGAGACGGAACUGGAGAUUAUCGACAGGGCACACCAGCUGGCAUGGCCAUGCAAAGAGGUCUGGACAAGGUCGCGGAGUUAAUUGAGGGAUGGAAGUAUAAUUGA